AUGAAAAGUGAUAGAUUUUUAUUUCUAAAUAUUGCGUUCAUAGGACUUGCUAUUGGAACAAGUUCAGGAGGGGAUGCUCGUACUACUUUGUGCAUUGAGAGGGAGAGGGAAGCUCUUCUCAAGUUUAAGGAAGGUCUGAUAGAUAGCCACGGUAUCCUGUCGUCAUGGGGAAGAGAGGAAGAGAAAGAGGAAUGCUGUGGUUGGAAAGGUGUGCAGUGUAGCAAUAUAACUGGUCAUGUCGUGGUUCUUGAUAUUCCUGCUCCGUCCUAUAGUCAAGCUUUGAGAGGUAACAUUACUCCUUCAUUGCUUGAAUUGCAACAUCUGAAGCACCUAGACCUUAGUUACAAUAAUUUUGGUAGAAGUCGAAUACCAAAUUUCAUUGGUUCUUUUCCAAGACUGGAAUAUCUUUUUCUUGAGUAUGCUAACUUGUCAGGUGAAAUUCCUCACGCUCUUGGGAACCUUACCCGUUUGCAGAUUCUUGAUCUUAGCAUGAACUACAAUCUAGUAGUGAAGAGCCUUGAGUGGCUUCCUCGUCUUCCUUUUUUACUUGACCUUGACCUUUCUGGGGUUCAUAUUGAAACAGUCAAUUGGUUACAACAAAUAACUAAGUCCCCUUCUCUAGAACAAUUGAAUUUGAAAGGUUGCAACGUCCCCGAGCCAAUCAUAUCAAUAUCUCAUCUCUCAUCCAAUGUCUCUUCUCGUUUGCUUUCCAGCCUCAACCUUGCUGAUACUGGGCUUUCCUCUUCUGCAUUUCGGUGGUUGUUCAACUUGAGUACAAGAUUUACUUCCAUAGAUCUCUCUUCUAACCAUUUAGCAGGUCGCAUCCCUGAAGCCUUUGGGUAUAUGCAACAUCUUGAGUUCAUUGACCUUGCUACAAAUAUUCUAGAAGGUGGAUUGCCCAAAUCUUUUGGCAACUUGAGUCACUUAAGAGCCCUUGAUUUAUCAACUAAUAACUUGAACCAACCACUUCCUGAAUUAUUUCUGAGCUUAUCUGGUAAAGCAGAAAAAUCACUUGAAGAAUUGCAUUUAUCUAACAAUCAUCUUAGUGGUUCAUUGCUUGACAUCACCAGAUUUUCAUCUUUAAAAAGUUUGUACCUGCAAGAGAAUCAACUGAAUGGAUCUUUCCUAGAAAGCUAUGGGCAGACUUCCAAGAUCGAAUUCCUCGAUUUAUCUAACAAUCAAAUAACAGGACCUUUGCCAAACUUAACAGCAUUUUCAGCAAUGAGAGAGUUACAUUUGAAUAAUAACCAAUUCAAAGGGAGGUUACCCCAAAGUAUAGGACAACUUUCAAAGCUUGAGAUGUUGAGGGUCGAAUCAAAUUUCAUGGAAGGUCCAAUCACAGAGUCACAUCUUUCAAACCUUUCCAGCUUAAGAGUGUUGGACUUGUCAUAUAACUCCUUCUCUUUUCAGUUGGGACUUAAUUGGCUUCCUCCUUUUCAAUUAGAUGUUAUAAGUCUCUCCCAUUGUAAAAUGGGGCCUCAUUUCCCACAGUGGCUACGAACUCAAAAGAAUUACUCACAUCUUGAUAUCUCUUUCGCUGGUAUAUCAGGGGUAGCACCUAACUGGUUUUGGGAUCUUUCUCCUGAAAUGAUGCACUUUAGUAUUUCCAAUAACCAAAUAAGUGGAGAGGUCCCUGAUUUAGCUUCCAAGUUUGUAGAGGAAACUAAUUACCCGACAAUGGAUUUUAGUUCGAAUAAUUUCUCAGGUUUAGUGCCAUCAUUCUCAUCCAACUUGGAAUCAUUGAACCUUUCCAAAAACAAGUUUGUCGGAUCAAUUUCUUUCCUGUGCAAAAUAGCCAACGCUUUGUUCCGCACCAUUGAUCUCUCAAAUAACCUACUUUCAGGAGAACUUCACAAUUGUUUGAUGGGAUUUGAAGAACUAGCCAUUCUUAAUUUAGCUAACAACAAUCUAUAUGGUAAAAUUCCCAGUUCCAUUGGUUUUUUGAUGGAUAUCCAAUCUCUACAGUUGCGGAACAACAAUUUUACUGGUGAUCUGCCUACCUCUUUGAAAAACUGCGCAAUAUUGCAAAUCUUGGACGUAGGAGGAAAUAAGCUAAGUGGAGAAAUACCAUUAUGGAUUGGCUCACACUUAACAUUCUUGGUUGUCUUAAGUUUGAGACUCAACAAGUUCAAUGGAAGCAUACCUCAAAAUCUGUGUCAUCUGAAUAAAACCCAUAUUUUGGAUCUUUCUCAGAACAGCUUAUCAGGAGAAAUCCCCCGGUGUCUCAACAAUAUCACAUCUUUGCUUCAGAAUAAUAAUAGUUCAAACCCAAGCAUGCUUUUUGAAUUAGGCGGAGACAGUUACAAUGGCUAUUCUUAUCUUGAAGAAUACUUGGGGGAUGCAUUAGUUCAAUGGAAAAGCAGUGAAUCUGUGUACAAUAAGACACUCGGGUUGUUGAAGAUCAUCGAUUUUUCUAAUAACGAGUUAGCUGGAAAUGUUCCUGAAGAAAUCGCGCAACUGGAUGGAGUGCUUUCACUAAACCUCUCCAGAAAUAAUUUAACAGGAAAUGUAAUACAAGGAAUUGGGAAGAUGGAAAAGUUAGAGUCCCUUGAUUUGUCUAGAAAUCAACUCACUGGUCGAAUUCCGACAAGUCUUGCUCAACUACAUUUCCUAAGUGUCUUAGACUUGUCGAGUAACAACUUGUCGGGGAAAAUUCCGUCAAGCACUCAAUUGCAGAGUUUUGAUCCNAUACAACAACUCAGAAACUUACAUCAUUUUGGUGUCUUACAGUUUGGCCAAGCUUCUAAAAUCGGCUUAUUUUGA